CAACACCAACUAAAACACAGUAAAAAUAAAUAAACGAAAAGACAAGGCGAUCGAACGGAACAGACAAUCGCCGGGCAGGAGCAGCAACAGCAACAGCAGCCAAAGGAAUUGGGAGUUGGAAGCAGGCGCGCGCGUCUUGAACACGUUUUUUGUUUCAAUUUCAAUUGUGGAAAUCGAAGAAAAAUCGUAAUAAACCGAAACGCCAAACGCGAACCGGUCGAGGACGGCAGGUCGACCCGCAGCAACAACUACAAGAACGCUGUAAUAUUUAUUAAACAAAGACAGAAAUUAAUUUCACGACUUUUGUCGACAAGAACGAAACCCAUCCCGUCGGACGUCGAUUGUCGGUUGUCGGUCGUCGGUCGCUUUCCGGCUUCUUUAUGCCCAGCUUGAACUUUGAGCGAGUUUGGUUCUGACCAUCAUUGGCAAAAAUGUACGACAUUAAGCAUUUGGAAGCCGGACAACAUCAGCCAGAGUCACUGCCCCAUCAUCUAGAUCUAGAUCAGCCAUAUCAGCAUCAGCAUUUAGCCAUUGGAGUUGGCCAAUUGAAUGAACGUUUAAGUCAAUCGACGCAGCAACUCACCUGCAGUGUCAUAACUCCCCCAAAAUCCCGGAUUGAGCAACAGCAGACAUUUCCAUUCCCGCCAGUUAGUCCCAUUGAAGCCACACACAUGACGCUAUUGAAGCUGCGACAUCGUCGAGCCUUCCAGCGUCGAGCUUGCCUGCUCAGCAUAUUGGCCGCCUUUGUCUUUGGCAUGGCCUUGGGUGUGGUGGUUCCCAUGUUUGGACUGCCCGACUAUUUUGGCAGCAGCAGCAGCGGCAGUGAUGUAUCUUCGCCCAUUGUCUCAAAGCUUAACCUAAGUUUGGAUGCGGAACGCGAGCAUCCACCGUCAAACUUUCCCAGCAUCUAUGAACUGCCCCCAUACAGUGUGGCCUUUAUCAAGGACUCGAAUGUGGAGCUAAGUGCCGAGCAGGUAUUUCGCAAUGCCUUCCAUUUGGAGCAGGACAGGAAUGCGCCUGAUUCGAUGAUUGUCAAGAAGCUGGACACAAACGACGGCAGUAUCAAGGAGUUCCAUGUUCAACGCACCUCCAAUGGACUGUAUCGCAAAGGCCCAGAACGUCGCCUAAGCAAAUCCAUGUCAACGGAGACCGUGAAGAAGCCCUCAAUCAAUGAAGCACUGAAUGAUGCCCAAUCCCAAGUAGAGGGUCUCAUCGAAUCGGAUAUAUAUUGGGGUGAGCAAGUGGAACGCGCGUUGCCCAAGGGUUUCGCCUCACAGGAUCAGCAGAGCUGGGAAAAAUACGUGGCCAAUCAGGGCCAAGUGGUGCGACUCGAGCACGGAUGUGGACGCAUGCAGAACCGUCUGGUCGUAUUCGCGGAUGGCACUCGGGCGUGUGCUCGCUAUCGCCAGAAUACAGACCAGAUUCAAGGCGAAAUAUUUAGCUAUUAUUUGGGCCAGCUACUCAACAUUAGCAAUCUGGCACCGAGUGCGGCGACAGUCAUUGACACGACUACAAACGGCUGGUCGUCGGCCUUGGGCGAUAUUACUCAGGCCCAGUGGAAGGAACGCCGACCCGUGGUGCUAACUCGUUGGCUUGCCGAUCUUGAGCCAGCCGGCAUACCGCAACCCUUUCAGCCUUUGGAGAGGCAUCUCAACAGGUAUGAUGUCUGGAAUCUGACGCGGAAUAUGCAGCGGGAGGGCCAAACGGCCAAUCAUCAAUCAAGCAUGCUUGAGGAGACGCAGUCAGAGUCAAAGUCAGAAUCAGAAUCGGAAUCGGCUCUGCUGUUGCAGCGACUAAUUGAAUUGGCACAAUGGUCCGAUUUAAUCGUCUUCGAUUACCUGAUCGCGAACCUCGAUCGUGUCGUUAAUAACUUGUACAACUUUCAAUGGAAUGCCGACAUCAUGGCCGCCCCGGCCCACAAUCUGGCCCGGCAGACGCACUCGCAGCUGCUUGUCUUCUUGGACAACGAGAGCGGUUUGCUCCAUGGCUAUCGGCUGCUCAAGAAGUACGAGGCCUAUCACAGUCUACUGCUGGACAAUCUCUGUCUCUUUCGGCGACCCACCAUUGAGGCGCUGCGGCGAUUGCGUGCGGAGGGCGCGGGUCGCCAACUCCGCCAAAUGUUCGAGUCGACAACCAGCGGCCAAGUGCGUGACGUGCUGCCCUCGCUGCCGGAUAAAUCAAUCAAGAUACUGGUGGAGCGUAUCGAUCGCGUGCUGGGGCAAGUGCAGAAAUGUCGGGAUAGCAGCAGCAGCAGCAGCAGAACAAGCAACAACAGCAAGGGCAGCAGCUAAUGAAGGGUUGUCCAGCGAUAAGCAGGGGGUUGGGUGGUUGGGUGGUUGGAAGGGGGUGAUUGGGAUCACAACCUAGACCUAGACUGAUAAGCUAUACAUACAUAUGUAUGUACAUCGCGUUGGGUUAUCGUUCUGUAUCCAGAGUAAUCGAUAGUUUUUUUUGCCAAAUGAUGAGAAGCGGGAGUAAGUCAUACGAUAGAUACAUACAUAGAUGGGAGUAGGCUCCUCAAUUGCCAAGUAUUAGCAGGUGAAUCGCGACAAAGCCCAGCAGAACAGAAAUUAGACGAAGCAGCUGAAUCGUAUUAUGGAUAGAAACAAUGUAUUUAGGCCAUAAGUCUCUAGUGUUAACCCAUUUUGUGAUAUUUGUCUAAGCCUCUUUUUUCAUAGUGAAAACUAAUUUAGUUUUAAGUAGAGAUGCUUUUGGUUUUUUUAUUGUGUAUAAUUAAUAGGCCAUUCCACUAAGUAAA